AUGGCUUCAGGCGCCGUUCUUUCCUCUGAGCGCAAGGCUCCAAAGAAGUACCUAGCCACUUUUGUGCGUUUUGAUGUACCUAUCGUGCGGGCUAGCGAAUACAGUGGUCAUGAAGUUGAACUCCUGCUGCUAGCUUGGGCCUUGCUGCUGUAUCGCUAUAGCAAUGGCAAUCACGUCCAGUUCACCUGGGGCCGGAAUGGCACGACGGCGGGUUUCACUUCCAAUUUCGACACUUCUGUUUCUUGGGACGCGUCCGAUCCGGUCGCGAGGGCCCUGGAGAGUGUUCAGUCUUAUCGCCAGGAAACACAAGCAGGGAACCUAGUCGCAUUGGACAAUGCGGUUUUAUUCCUCAACGAUGAAUGCGCGCCUAGCGAUUUGCCUAGUAAUGCUAGAGUUAGCGAUAGCGACGAGCUCGAAAGUGGAAUGGAAUGGGGAAACAUCCAACUUCAAGCGACUAUGUCUGAUGGUAACCUGUGGCUGCGCCCGUGCUGGCGCAAGCCCCGCGGUGCCGAAUACAUCGCGACACACUUUACGAAUGCGUUGGUGGAGAUCCUCAAUACACUACUUACAGAUAUGUCCAGGCCGGUUUCGUCCGUACUUGAAUUGGGCGAACUCGACCGGUCUGAAAUUUGGCGCUGGAACAAAGACUUACCUCCCGCCGAAGACACAUGUAUUCAGGAAUUAAUAUCGGAGCAAGCGCGACAACAACCUGAGGCGCAGGCAGUUUGCUCGUGGGAUGGUAACCUCACAUAUGGAGAGGCGGAGAGACACUCGACCAUUCUUGCGCAUCAUCUCGUUGGACUCGGUAUAAAAAUCGGGCAGAUCGUGCCAAUUUGUUUCGAAAAGUCGCGCUGGACGGUGGUUGGUGUCCUUGGUGUAAUAAAGGCUGGUGGUGCAUUUGUCCUUAUGGACCCCAGUCAACCCUUGGAGCGACGACAGACCAUUGCGGAGCAAGUCAGCGCCACUUUGAUUGUCACAUCAAAGAAACAUGGUCCUUAUGGUUCCCAGAUUGCCCCCGGUGCCACUACGGUUGCCAUUGCUGAAGAUUCACUCCAUGAGCUGGCCGAGAAAGCGUCCAACAAUACCCAGCCUGGGCUUCCAAAGGUCCCGACAAACUCCAUUCUCUAUCUGAUCUUCACCUCUGGAAGCACCGGCAAGCCGAAAGGGGUGAUCAUCAAUCAUGUCGCCUAUACCACGAGUGCCAUUGCCCGUAGUGCAGCUGUGGGCUACAAAUCAGAUACUCGAGUGCUUGACUUUGCCUCAUAUGCAUUUGAUGUCAGUGUGGACAGUAUGCUCUGCACGAUGCUCCGAGGUGGGUGUCUUUGCAUUCCUUCCGAUGAAGACCGUCUGAAUGAUCUGAGCGGCGUGCUUCGUCGAAUGAAAAUCACCAUGUCCAACAUGACACCUUCAGUUGCCCGAAUUUUGGAUGACGACAUUAUUCCUUCGUUGCACAGUCUUGGUCUUGGAGGUGAAUCAUGCUCUGUUGGUGACGUCUCUGAAUGGGGCAAGCACACUCGAAUCGUGAUCGGGUACGGCCCAUCUGAGUGCACUGUUGGAUGCACGAUCAACCCAAGUGCCGCAGGAAAGUCCUACGUUAGUAUCGGACCCGGCAACGGAGGCGUGAUUUGGCUCGUGGACCCCGAUGAUCACAACAAAUUGAUGCCAAUCGGCGCAGUCGGCGAGCUUCUAGUCGAAGGCCCGAUUGUAGGCCAAGGGUAUCUUGGCGAUCCUGAAAAGACAGCGGCUUCCUUCAUUGAGGAUCCUACAUGGCUCCUGGCUGGUGCCGAUGGUGUACCCGGACGUAGUGGCCGACUUUACAAGACUGGUGACCUUGUUCGCUACGAUCCAGAUGGAGAGAAAGGGUUCAUCUUUGUCGGUCGUAAGGACACGCAGGUCAAACUUCGUGGGCAACGAGUCGAGCUCGGGGAGAUUGAGCAUCACCUGCGGAGACUCCUCCCCUCUGGAACCGACAUCGCAGCCGAAGUCAUUGCGCCUCAGGGCCGGAGCAAAGAGUCGAUGCUGCAGGCCUUUGUUGCUGAUCCUAAUGGUAAAAAGGUGGAAGGCGCUGAGGAUAGCGGGCUUCAACAGGUCGAAUUUUCGGUUCUUGUUCAGGAGGCAAUGAAGGACCUUAAUGAAAAGUUGGGCAAAACCCUUCCGGUGUACAUGAUCCCAUCAGCAUACGUCGGUAUCGACCGUAUGCCAAUGCUCGUCUCUGGAAAGACCGAUCGGAAGCUGCUGCGCUCUUUUGGAUCCCAACUGAACCUGCAAUCAAACUCAGCCGAUUCGUCAAAUAGCGAAAGACAGAAUCCUAGCUCCGAGGCAGAGACCUGCCUGCAUGGGAUUUGGUGUCGUCUUCUUGGGCUGACUGUAGAUGAAGUGAGCACCACUCACAACUUCUUCAUUCUCGGCGGAGAUUCUGUCCUGGCAAUGAAGUUGGUGCCCGCAGUGCGCGACCAAGGAUUCCUUUUGACUGUUGCGGAUAUCUUCAGCUUCCCUGUCCUGUCGGAUAUGGCAAAUUCUAUGCAAAGGGAAGAGGCUGACUCGCAGGUCGAGGUGGCCCCCUUCUCUUUGAUUGACCCUGCUUGGGACCGUGAUGCCGCUCUUGAAGAGGCAGCUAGCCAAUGUGGUGUUGGAAAAGCCUCUGUCGAGGAUAUCUACCCAUGCGCACCUUUGCAAGAGAUCCUGAUGGCGUUCUCUGCUCGCUCGGCUGAGAGUCAUGUGGCACAGCGAGUUGCAGAGAUCCCAAGCAGAGAAAGUACAGAGAGGUUGAAAGAGGCCUGGAGUACCGUCAUUCAAGAGAGUCCAGUUCUACGUACUCGCGUGGCUGAGUUCAAGGAACACGGAUUCAUGCAGGUUGUCAUCAACGAAACCCCAGAAUGGCAACACAUUAGUCUCAACUUGGACGAAUUCUUGAAACAAGAUCAGAAUACUCCCAUGUCGGUCAAUAUGCCACUGAGUCGAUAUUCUAUCGUCCACAGCGAGUCGACCAACAAGAUUCAUUUUGUCUGGACGGUUCACCACGCAGUCUACGACGGCUGGUCGACAGACCUACUCUUCGAGCAUGCGCAGAACGCAUACAAGGCUCUUCCAACCACACGCCCGGCGCAAUUCAAGCACUUUAUUCAGUAUCUGACUGAUCCAGUCAGAGAAAGCUCCAAGGACUACUGGCGGGUCCAACUGCAAGGUGCUACUGGUCCCCAGUAUCCUGCGUUGCCGUCUCGGAUGUACAUCCCCGAGCCCAACGCGGUUGCUCAUAGGUUUGUUCCUGUCCGGCAAACCAACCGAUCGAGCACCACUACAGCGACACUCAUCCGAGCUGCAUGGGCUCUAGUGGCUUCGCAAUAUACUAUGAGCGACGACGUGGUAUUUGGAGAAACAUUUGCUGGACGCACCCUCCGCAUUCCUGGCGUUGAGCAGAUUGAAGGUCCAAUGAUCACCACAGUCCCUGUAAGAGUGCGUAUUGAUCGAUCUGCGCCCAUGCGAGAAUUCUUGCAGUCUAUCCAGGAGCAAGGCCUUGUACGAGCUGCGCACGAGCAUCUCGGCAUGCAGAAUAUUCGUCGUGUGAGCGCUGAUGCCCAGCUGGCCUGCGAGGUUAAGAUGGGUCUGGUCAUUCAGCCACGACCAGCAGAGAAGGCAUAUCAGGCCGAAGACGACCUUCCUAUGUUCCGGGCCGAGGAUGCAGCGUAUGAGGCCCUUCGAUUUAAUUCCUACCCAUUGAUGCUCGCGUGCUCUUUGCGCUCCGAUGGAUUUGAGGUGACUGCUGGUUUCGAUUCUGGUCUCAUCACCGAGCCGCAAAUGAACCGGGUACUUGCACAGCUUGAAUAUGUGGCCUUCCAGCUCCUUGAUAACGAGAACUCUCAGUUGAGCAGUAUCAUCUACUUGGGCGAGCAAGAGCUCGCCGAGAUCUGGGAGGCAAACAAAGAGGUGCCUAUUGUUUCAGAAGAUAAAGCUCACGAGGAAACGAAGGCGCUUGCAGAAAAAUACUCCACAAGCUUUGUCCCGUGGAUUGUGCACCCUUUCAAUCACGAAUUGUUGAUGCCAUUUGGAACAGUGGGUGAGCUGCUAUUAGAAGGCGUUGGAGAUGUUGCAAACGUCGACGCCCCCGAGUGGCUGAAGCAGGGCACAGAGAGUUUUUCGGGCCGGAACAGCAAGCUCUACCAGACUGGUGACCUGGUCAAAUACGCUGAUGACAAGUCCUUGGUCUUUAUGGGCCGCAAAGAAAGUCUCCGAAGAGUAGAUGGCCAUGUCAUGGAUCUUGCUGCCAUCGAUCUUCAGCUGCGGAAUUUCCUCCCAAAUACCGAAGUCGCAAGUCAGCUUAUUGUGCCAAAAGGCCACGAUACUCAAUUCCCGGUGCUUGUUGCUUUUGUUAGCCAGGCUCGCUCCAAGGAAGGUGCCACCGUGGUUGAGCUUGGCAUCAAUACCAAGGAUUCGGAGCUUCCGCUGUCCACAGUCAUCUCUCCACAGCUUGCCGAGUCCAUCGUGAGUCUUAAGAAGCAACUGGCUGAUGUUUUACCACCCUAUAUGGUCCCCUCCGUCUACAUUCCUCUUGAGAAUAUUCCUUACAUUGGCGAGCAAGUUGAUGUGGUGUCACUUCAAGUUACAGCGGAGCACGUUACCCAAGAGCUCUUAUUGCAGCUGCGAACAGCAUUCAUGAACUUGCGUUCUAGCCAAAGAAUGAAGCAAUUGACGGCAAAGGAGCGGGUACUUCGUGGUCUUUGGGCCAAAUCACUUCGCAUGGAAGAAGAAACGCUAGCUCUAGAUGACAACUUCUUCCGGCUGGGAGGUGAUUCUAUCAUGGCUAUGAAGCUAGUCUCAGCACUCCGUCUGGUCGGCUACCAUUUGUCGGUAACGAAGAUUUUCCGCAAUAUGCAGCUGCGUGCCAUGGCUGGUGCCCUCGAGGAGCUGCCUGAAGAGGGCCAGCGCGUGGCCAAGGAAUACAAGCCAUUCUCACUUCUGAACGUCGAGCAUGUCGAGCCUUAUCUCUUAGCCAAUAUUCAGCCUGCUCUGGGAGAUUCUUCCUGGGUCAUUCAGGAUGUACUUCCGGCUACAGAGACACAACAGUGUGAUGUGGAGGCGACUGUUUUUGCACCGCGGAGCGCUGUUCAGUACAAUAUGUUGUACUUCAACAAGACUGUUGAUAUAACGCACAUUGUCAGCUCAUUUGAGCAACUCAUCUCUGCUUACCAAAUUCUGCGUACCGUGUUCAUCAAGGAUAGCCGCCGCGUUAUGCAGGUAGUCUUAAAGAGCCUCAAGGUCCCCGUCUCCGAGCAUAAAAUAGACGGGCCUGUGGAUGACUUCUGCAAGAAGCUAGCCAGUGAAGACAUCGAAGUCAAUACUUCGUUUGUCUUUGGCUCGUCUUUCCUGCACCUUUUCAUCAUCCAUGGUGCUGAAGAGACAGGCUUCAUGAUAAGGAUCUCACACGCUCAAUACGACGGAAUUUCGUUUCCUGAAAUUCUCCGACAGCUUGAAAUGCAAUAUGAUCACAAGGAAAUUCCUCCAUUGGCGCCAUUCUCCAACUACAUACAAUACCAGUCUGACUCCAAAAUUGAGAAUAUUCAAUACUGGCGCAACGUCCUGCAGGGAUCCUGGUUGACUACUCUCCCAGCACCUGCAGUGGGCAGCAAAGCUAAGUUUAUCAAGAGGGCCGCCAACCUUUCUGCCCGAUCUCCGGACACAACCAUGGCCACCCUGCUCACAGCAAGCUGGGCUCGCGUGCUGGCUCAAUAUCUCGGCAAAGACGACAUCACCUUCGGAAGCGUCGUAUCAGGUCGCACUGUCGACCUCCCAGGUGUCGAGCGCAUCAUGGGACCAACUUACCAAUAUAUGCCACUCCGAGUCAAGUUUCAGCCUGGCUGGACAGUUAAAGACCUCCUCGAAGGCGUGCGGAACCAAUUCCUCGAAGGAAGCCGCCACGCCACGCUUGGCUUCCAAGAGAUCUCGGAUAAUUGCACAAGCUGGUCCCCUACUAUUCCAUUCUUCUCGUCUAUAGUGCACCACCACGACAUCGAGUACUUUGACAAGAUUCCGUUUGCGGGUACCGAGUGUGGUGUUGACUAUACGAACCCGCACCCCGAGCCGCCCAGUCCAACUCGUAUUGUCUCGUAUACGGAGGCUGGAGAGACAUUUGUCGGAAUUGAAGCAGAUGAGGAAAGAAUGGAUUUCUGGAAGGCGAGGCUGGAAGAGUUAGCUGUUGCCAUUGAAGGUUUUGUACGUGAUCCUACCGCUGUGGUCUGA